AUGACUGACGCCGGGGCCUCACCCGCUACGGCGCCCGUCGCCGCCCCUUCCCCCGCAGCCUCCGCACAUGGCCAACCACCGACACCAGGUGCCGCCGGCCCGCGCCAAAUGCAGUCGCCCAUGGUGCUUGACGACGACAAGAAGCGCGAGCUCAUCGCAAACAUGGAUCAGGGAAGAGUCAACGCGCUCCGCAAGCGCGCCCAGGAGCUCUCGCAGGCAGGCCAUACAAAGGAGAACUCGACUGAGCUUGCCCGCGCGCUCGCCAUUCUCCAGAUGCACCACCGCGCCGUCCAGAUCGAGGAGAUGAAGAAAAAGCACCAGGCCAACGAGGCUAACGCGGGCAACGCCGCUGCCGGACCGAGUGCUCCUGGCCAGCAUGUCUCCCUCACCCCGGCCCAGAUCGCGCAGGUCCGCACCCAGGCCCAGAGCUACCACCUACUCUCCCGAAACCAGCCCGUUCCCGCCUACCUCCAGCAGGCCGCGCAGGGCCAGUCCCCGAGUCCAGCAGCUUCCAGCGGCGAGGGCAAGGUCGCCGACAAGACGGUCGAGGCCGUCGUUGAUGCGAGCGCCCCUGAUCAGCCAUAUGCGAUGGAGCUCGACCAAUCCUCAAUCAUCUACCCUUACAACGCCUACCAGCACCCGAGCAUAUACGCCAACCGCAAGUUUGACGAGGAGAUCACGAACCCAACGAACAAGCUGCAGCGCCUGCUCGUCCCGUCCGUCGCCCCGCAGGGACUCGACCCGUAUAUCCUGAUGGAGGAGCGCAACCGCUUCGUCGAGACGCGAAUGGCAUGGCGCAUGAAGGAGCUAGAGGAGCUCGACUCGACGACAGGCCUCGGCGAGCCCGGCGCCGCCGAGGUCCCCGGCGUGACGGACGAGAAGCCUGGAAGCAAGCUCGGCAUCCAGGCCCGCAUCGAGCUGCUGUCGCUGCGACUCCUCGGCAAGCAGCGACUGCUUCGCGAGGAUCUCGUCCGGGCGAUGCACGGCGCUACCCAGAUCCCCGCCGAUCGCUCUCAGUUCCGACGCUUCCGCACGCACACACUCCGCGAUGCGCGCGCGACGGAGAAUGCCGAGCGGAAACAGCGGACAGAGCGCGAGCAGCGCGGCAAGCAGCGCCACCUCGCCUACAUCAACUCCAUUAUCGAGCACGGCCAGCAGAUCAUCCAGACCGGCGCUUCCAACCCCCGCGGAUCGCGCGCCGACAACAACCGAAGACUCGGCCGCUGGGUGCUCCGCACGCACAACGAGAUCGAAAAGGACGAGCAGCGCCGUAUCGAGCGUCUCGCAAAGGAGCGUCUCAAGGCGCUCAAGAACGACGACGAAGAUGCGUACCUCGCCCUUCUCGGCGAGGCCAAGGACUCGCGUAUCGGACACCUGCUCAAGCAGACCGACCAGUACCUCGAGACCCUCGCGGCCGCCGUUGUGGAGCAGCAGAACGACCCGCAGUUCAAAGAGCAGCUCGCGAGCAUGGGCCCGUUCGACCCGUCGAUGGAGGAGGGUGCGUCCGAGGCCAUGUUCGGCGCGAGGCGCCAGGACGGCGAGGAAGACGACGCCGAGCGCAAGGCUGGCAAGGUCGAUUACUAUGCCGUCGCGCAUCGCAUUAAGGAGCCCGUCACGAAGCAGGCCUCGAUUCUUACUGGUGGUACGCUCAAGGACUACCAGAUCAAGGGUCUGCAGUGGAUGAUCUCGCUGUACAACAACCGACUGAACGGUAUCCUGGCCGACGAGAUGGGUCUCGGAAAGACGAUCCAGACCAUCUCCCUCAUUACCUACCUCAUCGAGCAGAAGCACCAGCCUGGUCCCUUCCUUGUCAUUGUCCCCUUGUCCACCCUGACCAACUGGACGCUCGAGUUUGAGCGCUGGGCUCCGGCCGUCAAGACUCUUAUCCUCAAGGGUUCCCCGACGGUUCGUCGUGAGCUCUACCCCCGCAUUCGUGCCGGCGACUUCCAGGUGUGCUUGACCACCUACGAGUACAUUAUUAAGGAGCGCCCUCUCCUCGCCAAGAUCAAGUGGGUGCACAUGAUCAUCGACGAGGGUCACCGUCUGAAGAACAUCAAGUCCAAGCUGUCGCAGACGCUCAACGAGUACUACUCGACGAGGCAUCGUCUGAUUCUUACGGGUACGCCGCUGCAGAACAACCUGCCCGAACUGUGGGCGCUGCUCAACUUCGUCCUGCCUAAGAUUUUCAACUCGGUCAAGUCGUUCGACGAGUGGUUCAACGCUCCCUUCGCCAACACGGGUGGCCAGGAGAAGAUGGAGAUGAACGAAGAAGAGGCGCUGCUUGUCGUCAAGCGUCUGCACAAGGUGCUGCGUCCCUUCCUUCUCCGUCGUCUCAAGAAGGAUGUCGAGAGCGAGCUGCCCGACAAGGUCGAAAAGGUCAUCUACACCAAGAUGUCGGCGCUCCAGUGGAAGCUGUACGAAAGUGUCAAGAAGUACAAGACGCUCCCGACCGACCUGUCGUCGGGCAAGCCGCGUCGCCAGGCCAACCUGCAGAACGCCAUCAUGCAGCUCCGAAAGAUCUGUAACCACCCCUUCGUCUUCCGCGAGGUCGACGAGGACUUCUCCGUCGGCAACACGGUCGACGAGCAGAUUGUGCGCACGUCGGGCAAGUUUGAGCUUCUCGACCGUCUCCUGCCCAAGUUAUUCGCGACCGGACACAAGGUCCUCAUUUUCUUCCAGAUGACCGAGAUCAUGUCCAUCAUUGCCGACUACUUUGACUAUCGCGGAUGGAAGUACUGCCGUCUCGACGGUUCGACCAAGGCCGAGGAGCGUCAGCAGCUGCUGUCUACCUUCAACGACCCCGACUCGCCGUACCAGGUGUUCAUCCUGUCGACUCGUGCCGGUGGUCUCGGUCUCAACCUGCAAUCUGCCGACACGGUUAUCAUCUACGACACGGACUGGAACCCGCACGCCGAUUUGCAGGCGCAGGACCGUGCGCACCGUAUCGGACAGAAGAAGGAGGUGCGCGUUCUCCGAUUGAUUUCUAGUGGAACCGUCGAAGAACUCGUGCUGCAGCGUGCGCAGGCCAAGCUCGAGAUCGACGGCAAGGUCAUCCAGGCCGGAAAGUUCGACGAGGUCACCAACACAGCCGACUACGAGGCGCUGCUCGCCAAGGCAUUCGAGCAGGCUGCCGACGAGGAGGAAGAGGAGACCAACGAGCUCGACGACGAUGAGCUGAACGAGCUGCUCGCGCGUGGUGAGGAGGAGCUCUCCAUCUUCCAGCGCAUGGACAAGGAGCGCAAGGAGGCGCAGGAGCGUGAGUGGCAGGAUGCGGGCAACAAGGGCCCUCUCCCGCCUCCGCUCAUGCGGGAGAUGGAGCUCCCGCCCUUCUACCGCCGCGACAUUGGCCAAGAGAUGGCCGAGCAGAUGCAGCACGACGAGGACCAGGGCCGCGGACGAAGGGCCAAGGCCGACGUGCGGUACACGGACGGCCUCACCGACGACCAGUUCAUCAACGCGCUCGAGGACUCGGACGACGACGUUGACGCCGCGGCGAACCGCAAGCGGCAGCGUGCCGAGCGCAAGGCGGAGCGCAAGCGACAAAACGAGAUUCUUGCGCGCGCCGAGGCCGAGGGCAAGCCGCUGUCUGCGUCCAUCACUGCUCUCCAGGCAGAGGCCGGCAUCGAGACACCUGUCAAGAAGAAGCGCGGACGGCCGAGCAAGAGCGCUACCCCCGCCGCCGAGGACACGCCGGCCAAGCGACGCAAGGUCGGCGGCGCGUCGUCCGAGGAGACGGCCAUGGUGAAGAAGCUGUUCGAGGAGGUCAACGGUCUCAAGGACGAGGCGUCGGGCGAGCACUGGAACAUAUACUUCAAGUCUCCUGUCGACCGCAAGAUCUACCCCGACUACUACAGCAUCAUCUCCCAGCCCAUUGCCAUGUCGCAGAUCAAGCGCAAGUUUGGCCAAGCAGCCUACGGGCUGUCCCAGCUGCGCGCGGACCUGAAGCUCCUCUGGAACAAUGCGCGAACGUACAACACGGAGGGCUCGUGGGUGUACAACGCGGCCGAGGAGAUGGAGUCGUACUUUGACCGGCGGUUCGCCGAGGAGGCGCCGCGGUUCGCAGAUGUCAAGACGGAGAAUGGCAACGGCGAGCUCACGACCGAGAGCAACACGCCCGCGCAGAGCGGCCAGUCGACGCCCAUGUACAAGCCGCCCCCCGGCGUCGGCACCAAGAUCAAGCUCAACGUCGGCGCGGCCUCGAGGCGCAAGGAGAUCAUCGACUCGGACGAGGAGAGCGCGCCCGAGCCCGAACGCGGCGCCAGCGCCAAUGGGGGAGACGACGAUGACGACGAUUACUAG